AUGGCCUAUAAACAAGCGUUCAAGAAAAGGGUCUAUGACAAGUUACGUGAACAACUUUGGAAAGCUUUAACAAAGAAAAACGACUGUGACGUCACAAUCAAGAUAGACGAUGAUAUGUUUCAAUGCCACAAGGUCGUCCUGGCAAUGACGUCACCUUACUUUGAUGCCAUGUUUACUUCGGGCUUCGAGGAAACCGACAACAAGGUGAUAGAAGUACAAAGCAUCAGUCCGGAUACCUUCAGGAAUGUGCUGGAGCACAUUUACCGCAGAAACGCAGCCGUGAAUACUUCCAAUGUGCUUGAUGUGUUGCACGCAAGUUCAAUGUUCCUUUUGGAAAGCCUUAUAGAACGUUGUGAAGAGUUUCUUACAGAUAAGUAUAGGAUGAGUCAAUCGUGGGUGAAACAAUGGCGAGCUGCACGUAAGUAUAAGCUGAAGAAAUUGCUCGAAAUGACAAACAGUUUCAUUUAUACAAAUUUCAAGAAAAUAUCCGAAACGGCCCUGUUUACAAGCCUGACUGAGGACGAACUCUGUGAGAUUGUUGCCAACGAUGAGCUGAGAGUGACAAAUGAAGCAGAUGUUUUGAAGGCUGUUCUCCUGUGGGCAAUAAACCAAGAAAGUUCCUCAGAAACACAUCUACCACGCUUGUUGGCUCAUGUCUCGAUUAACGAGAUUUCAAAUGACACCUUCAAAUCUAAAAUAGCCCCUCUACUCGAAACUCUAGGACAGAAUACGCGAGAUAUUGUCGAGGAGGCCAAGAAAGAGCAGAAUGCCUCAGGAAAACAGAUUGUGAGACACAGCGACAAACCUACAAAUGUCCUGCUUGGUGAUGACGAAAUCCAUGGGAGAAAAGUACUGAAGAUGUACUCUUUGGAUGACCGCAAGAUGUACGAAGUUCCAGCACUACCUGGUAUGCACAGUGUGGCUGGAACACCAAGAGGCUUCGCCUUCAAUGGUGAUCUAAUGCUCAGCAGUCUUAGCAGUGUCUAUAGGUUGAAUGUACAGACAUGGUGCUGGGAGGAUAUGGACAUGCCGCCAAUGCAUGUCAUCCAGAUACUCACUGUACAACAUAAACUAUACGUGUUUGGAUUAUGCGAGGAUGGUAUCCAGCUACUGAGGUAUGAAGGUGAUGAGGAUGGGGAGCCUGGCUGGAAGAUGGUUGGGGUCACUGGAGGAGAGAUGAGAAACUGUUCGGCAGCUGUUUUGGGGGACAAGGUCUACUUAAUUGGCGAAGAUCUCACCGAUUGUUUCCCAUCUCAAUGUAUGGAGAAGGUCUUUAUUCUGAAUGAAUUUGGAAUUGAUGUAGCGUCAUGUCUGGGACAGUUUCAGCCAUCUCAAGGAAGAUCUUCUGUAUCCAUAGCCUCCAAGGACGACAAGAUGUAUUAUCUGACGUCAGACUUGGAAUUCGGAGUGAUAAACGAUAACAAUUCCCCACAGGCUAUCACACGUUUUCCUCAGCCUGAAGAUCCCAGUGGCUGCACUCUACAAGUAAAGGGAAAAGAGUUGAUGGUUCUGAAGUAUUUUGCAUCUAAAAUACAAAUUUACUCUUUGGACUUGGAGGAGAUGACUCUCCAUCCACAUGAGGAAGUUCCUGUUGUGCUGCGUGAUGGUCAAUUUGAUGUCAUCAAAACCUUGGUUAUCGACAAGUGUUCUGAAGUUGACAAAGUGGUACAAAGGUCUAAAAAGAUAUCCAGACACCCUUAUGCAGACUUGGCUCUGGACCAAGGAUCACACUCCGAUCUGACUGUGACAGUUGGCGAUGCAUCUUUCCCUUGUCACAAGAUGGUUGUCAAGUUCAUGUCACCGUAUAUCAAAGAGCGAUUGUCAGAUGGAGAUGUUGAAAUGGUGGUGGAGGAUGUGAAUGUAGAUGCCUUCAGAGAUGUCCUCAACUUCAUGUACACCGGUGUCCUACCGCAGCUUCGUGAAGACAACAUUGUUGCCGCCCUUCAAGCAGCAACAGCACUGCAAAUGGCGGAUCUCCAGACUGAUAUUGAAAAGAAAAUCAGAUGGGGUGACCUCAUUACUGAACGAAAUUAUUUGUCUUUGCAAGCUCUGGCCAUCAAGCAUAAAUUUUCGACCAUCGAAAGUCCAGUAAACCACUUUAUCCUACGUCAUUUUGAGUGCAUAUGGGAGAAGGGAGAACUUCAUGCCAUGAGCUUCAGCCAGCUACUUCACGUUGCCCUUCACAGAGAUCUUCUGGUUUCAAAUGAGUUUGUGCUGCUGAAAGCUCUCGUUGACUGGAUUCUAGCUCAGAAUCAGCUCUCUUGGGACGAGACGAAACAGCUGAUCUCUGCCCCCAGGAUGCCAUUGAUUACGGAGGGGAACAUCCAGGAGAUUGGGUGCCUGGAUCAGGUGGCAGCCAAUCAGCGUCUCAAUUCUCUACUGCUGGAGACAUGGCAGCGUGAUCAUACAAAGGUCCUGAGCAUGAGAAACAGAGACCACCCUCCGAGUUUCAAUUCUCACAUGCACUAUCUGUAG